CAGCUCAGGCCCCGCCCCGCCGCCCUCCUCCUCUGAGCAAGUUCGGCCUCGGCUUGCGGCGGCACCAGCUGACUGUGCUGUCAAGGGCUGGCGUGGUUGUCAGGAUGGCAGAGGAGCAGGACUUGACCCAGCUAUGCAAGCUGCCUAUGCCACCCUCCCACCCUCACUGUGUCAGCAACACCUAUCGCAGCACGCAGCACUCCCAGGCCCUGCUGCGGGGGCUGCUUGCUCUCCGGGACAGUGGGAUCCUCUUUGAUGUUGUCCUGGUGGUAGAAGGAAGGCACAUCGAGGCCCAUCGCAUCCUACUGGCUGCAUCCUGCGAUUAUUUCAGAGGCAUGUUUGCUGGAGGGCUGAAAGAGAUGGAGCAGGAGGAGGUCCUGAUCCAUGGUGUGUCCUACAACGCCAUGUGCCAAAUCCUGCAUUUCAUCUACACUUCUGAACUGGAGCUCAGUUUGAAUAACGUUCAGGAGACUCUGGUUGCCGCCUGCCAACUUCAGAUCCCAGAAAUUAUUCAUUUCUGCUGUGACUUCCUUAUGUCUUGGGUAGACGAGGAGAACAUCCUUGAUGUCUACCGGCUGGCAGAACUCUUUGACUUGAGUCGCCUGACCCAACAGCUAGACACCUACAUUCUCAAAAACUUUGUGACCUUCUCGAGGACUGACAAGUACCGCCAGCUUCCCUUCGACAAGGUCUACUCCCUCCUCAGCAGCAACCGCCUGGAGGUGUCUUGUGAGAGCGAGGUGUACGAGGGCGCCCUGCUCUACCAUUACUCCCUGGAGCAGGUGCAGGCUGACCAGAUCUCACUGCAUGAGCCCCCCAAGCUGCUUGAGACUGUGCGGUUUCCCCUGAUGGAAGCUGAGGUCCUCCAGCGGCUUCAUGACAAGCUGGGUCCCAGCCCGUUACGGGACACCGUGGCCAGUGCCCUCAUGUACCACCGGAAUGAAAGCCUGCAGCCCAGCCUGCAGGGCCCGGAGACAGAGCUGCGCUCGGACUUCCAGUGCAUCGUGGGCUUUGGAGGCAUUCACUCCACACCUUCCACAGUCCUCAGUGACCAGGCCAAGUAUCUGAACCCCCUGCUGGGAGAGUGGAAGCACUUCACGGCCUCCCUGGCUCCCCGCAUGUCCAACCAGGGGAUUGCGGUGCUCAACAACUUCGUGUACUUGAUUGGAGGGGACAACAAUGUCCAAGGAUUCCGAGCUGAAUCCCGGUGCUGGAGGUAUGACCCAAGGCAUAACCGCUGGUUCCAGAUCCAGUCUUUGCAGCAGGAGCACGCCGACCUGUGUGUGUGUGUUGUGGGCAAGUACAUCUACGCUGUGGCAGGUCGCGACUACCACCGCGACCUGAAUGCCGUGGAGCGCUAUGACCCUGCCACGAACUCCUGGGCCUAUGUGGCCCCACUCAAAAGGGAGGUGUACGCUCAUGCAGGCACUGCGCUGAAGGGGAAGAUGUACAUUACUUGUGGCCGCAGAGGGGAGGACUACCUGAAAGAGAUGCACUGCUAUGACCCGAACAACAACACGUGGUACACCCUGGCUGACGGGCCUGUGAGACGGGCCUGGCAUGGCAUGGCUGCCCUCCUUGACAAGCUGUAUGUGAUUGGAGGCAGCAACAAUGAUGCCGGCUACAGGAGGGAUGUACACCAGGUGGCCUGCUACAACUGCACCUCUGGGCAGUGGUCAUCAGUCUGCCCACUCCCAGCUGGGCAUGGUGAGCCUGGCAUUGCUGUACUAGACAACAGAAUCUACGUGCUGGGUGGUCGCUCUCACAACCGUGGCAGCCGCACGGGCUAUGUGCACAUCUACGAUGCAGAAAAGGACUGCUGGGAAGAGGGGCCCCAGCUGGACAAUUCCAUCUCAGGCCUGGCAGCCUGUGUCCUCACCCUGCCCCGCUCCCUGCUCCGAGAACCACCGCAGGGGACCCCCAGCCGCAGCCAGGCUGACGUGGACUUCGCCUCUGAGGUGAUGAGCGUGUCAGACUGGGAGGAGUUCGACAACUCCGGUGAGGACUAGGGGUCCGGGAGGGCGGGGGCGGGGCAGCGAGGCCAGCAGGACAGGGACCCUUCCCUAGGCCCCUGUGGCCCCCUGCCGGCCCUUCUCCACUCCAUUCCCUAACCAGCCUGCCAGGAGCUUGAGGGGCUGGUACAGACUCUGUGGCUGUAGAUUAUGUUACAAUGUGAAGUUCUGACAGGCUGCUAUCCUUUUGAGGGAAUGACCAGGUCUAGCCUUGAGUCCAGGAGCACUGGCAUCUCUGCCUUGGCCUCCUUGUCCUUCCUGAGUCUGGUCCAUGAUGGGCUAAGGUCCUGUCUGAAAGAGGUCCUGGAUACUGGCGACCUUGGCCAGUGGCCAAGGCCCAUCAUGCCCUUCUUUUCUUUCUGUGAACAGGGUGGGCUGAUGAGCAGGGCCUUGGAUGAUGGGCGAGAUCCCAAGGGACAGAUAAGAGAUUCGUGGGGUUGGUUUUAGGGGUCAUGAGCUCCCCCUGCUGGGUAUUUCUGACCCCAUGUUGUAGAUGAAUGAAAUAAAGCAUUAUGCAAAAGGUG